UACGUUUAUAAUUUUUAUUUUUUUUAAAUUGUUUUAAAAAACGAAUUAAUAUUAAAUAUUAAUAACACGCUUCUGUCUACAAUAAAUUGCCAUUUAAAACAUUCGAAGUUUUAUAAUUUCCGUUUGACUGAUUUUACGUAUCUUAUUCUCAGAUUCACAUGCAAUGUCAUCUACCACCGACGAAGAAUUAGACAUGUUGUCGCCCUCAUUCAAUCCAAUUAAAGCUCUGUACUCAAAAGAUGUAAAGGUGCCUAGCACGACAGCUCAACCAUUAGACAAUAUAUCAAAAUUUGAACUUACUCCUUCAGGAGAUGUUUUAAUCAAACCUGAAAGACCCAGAAGACUUAAUGAAUAUGACACCAAACCAAUAGAACGUGAUUUAAGUGCUGUGGCUGGCACGUCUCAAGUAUCAUUAGUUCAACGGAAUAUUAAACAGAGACGAACUGUUAUGGCACGUAUGUCAGAAAUUGGUAAAUCCCGUGGACCAUUAUCUCGUAUUGCAACGUUUUGCCAUAGAAAACAACGUGUCAAAGUUUAUAUACGAUCAGCUGUGUCUGUUCGAGGCCACUGUGAAGGGUACAUUAUUGCUUUUGACAAACACUGGAACUUAGUGAUGGACGACGUAGAUGAAGUAUGGACGAGAAAAAACAAAUACAAAUCAUUAGCGUUUGGUGAAACGAGAAGUCUUGUCGAUCCCGUGGAGAAACCGUACACAGUCGUCAAGAGAAUUCGAGGACAUCAAGUGUGUCGGAGGCACGUACCCCGUUUUUUGGUCCGUGGAGAGCAGAUUGUUCUAGUGGCUAGUUUAAACAACGAUACUAUACGACGAUAUAAUUAUGUUUAAUAAAUGUAUAUAUUUGCAUAC